AUGCCCGGCGAACUGAUCCGCAACCCGGCCGCCAGCGUCCAGCGGCCCAGCAAGCGCAAGAUGCCGCGCCCGAGCGACCACCUCUUCCUCGUCACCGACCACGACGUCGCGUACGAGCAGGACAUCCAGCGCAACCCCGGCAGCGUCAAGCCGUGGCUGGACUACUACAGCUUCAAGAAGUCACGUGGCACCGUGGUCGAGCUGGCGUUUGUGCUGGAGCGCGCCGUCAACACGCUGCCGCGCUCGUACAAGCUGUGGAAGCUGUACCUGGAGCUGCGCACGCGGCACGUCGGCAGCAAGAACCCCGCCAAGUUCAAGCCGCAGUAUGUAAAGGUCAACGCCCUGUUCGAGCGCGCCCUCGUGCUGCUCAACAAGAUGCCGCGCAUCUGGGAGAUGUACCUCGACUUCCUCAUGCAGCAGCCGCUCAUCUCCACCACGCGCCGCACCUUCGACCGCGCCCUGCGCGCCCUGCCCCUCACCCAGCACAACCGCGUCUGGCUGCUGUACCGCCCCUUUGCCCUGUCCGCCUCGGGCGAGACGGCCGUCCGCAUCUGGCGCCGCUACGUCCAGAUCCACCCCGAGGACGCCGAGGACUUCAUCGCCCUGCUCAAGGACAUGGGCAAGUACACCGAGGCCGUCAAGAAGUACAUGGACAUCCUCGACAACCCGCGCUUCAAGAGCAAGGAGGCAAAGGGCCCCUUCCAGUUCUGGACCGAGAUGAUCGACCUCGUCAUCGACCACGCCAAGGAGAUUGACACGAGUGAUGAUAGUGGUAUCGACGUGGAGAAGAUUAUUCAGAGCGGCAUCGUCAAGUUCCCCGACCAGCGCGGCGUCCUGUGGGUCGGCCUGGCGCGCUAUUGGAUGCACAAGGGCGAGUACGAAAAGGCCCGCGACGUCUUCGAAGAGGGCGUGACCACGGUCAUGACGGUCCGCGACUUCUCCGUCGUUUUCGACACGUAUGUCGAGGCUGAGGAGGCCAUGAUUGGGAUCAAGCUCAACGAAGCUGCAGCGCGGUCCGAAAAGGGCCGGCUCGACGAAGCUGCCGACGCUGACCUCGACAUCCGAAUGGUCCGCUUCGAGUCGCUCAUGCAGAGAAGGCCCUUCCUGCUAAACGAUGUCAUGCUGCGCCAGAACCCGCACAACGUUAUCGAAUGGGAGAAGCGCAUCGCCCUGUGGGGUGACAACAAGAAAGAGGUGGUGCAGACGUACACGGACGCCAUCGCCGCCAUCAACCCCAAGAAGGCCGUCGGCAAGUUCCACGAGCUCUGGACCAAUUACGCAAAGUUCUACGAGGCGGGCGAUGGCCUGCAGAAUGCCCGCGUCAUUAUGGAAAAGGCCGUCAAGGUCCCCUUCAAGGCUGUGGCGGAUCUGGCGGAGAUGUGGUGCGAGUGGGCUGAGAUGGAGCUUCGGAAUGAAAACUUCGACAGGGCGGUGGAGAUCAUGGCAAAGGCUACGCAGGCACCGAAACGCUCGAACGUCGACUACUUUGAUGAAUCCCUGACCCCGCAGCAGCGUGUGCACAAGAGCUGGAAGCUAUGGAGUUUCUACGUCGACCUCGUCGAAAGCGUCAGCACCCUCGACGAGACGAAAAAAAUCUACGACCGCAUCUUCGAACUACGCAUCGCCACCCCCCAAACCGUAGUAAACUACGCCAACCUCCUCGAAGAAAACAAGUACUUCGAAGACUGCUUCAAAGUCUACGAGCGCGGCCUAGACCUCUUCAGCUACCCCGUCGCCUUUGAGAUAUGGAACCUCUACCUCACAAAAGCAGUAGACCGCAAAAUCGGCAUGGAACGCCUCCGCGACCUCUUCGAACAAGCCGUCGAGGGCUGCCCCCCUAAAUUCGCGAAAAUCCUCUACCUCAUGUACGGCGCGCUCGAGGAGGACCGCGGCCUCGCUCGCCAUGCAAUGCGCAUUUAUGAGCGCGCUACGCGCGCUGUCUCCGACGAAGACCGCCUGGAAUUAUUCAACUUCUACAUUACGAAAUCCGCGUCGAAUUUUGGGCUUACGUCUACGCGGCCUAUCUACGAGCGCGCUAUUGCCGCACUGCCUGAUACAGAGGCGAAGGAGAUGUGCCUCAAGUUCGCGGAGAUGGAGCGUCGGCUCGGUGAGAUUGACCGCGCUAGGGCCAUCUACGGCCAUGCGAGCCAGUUCUGCGAUCCCCGUACUAGUCCUGAGUUCUGGAAGAAGUGGGAGUCGUUUGAGGUGCAGCAUGGGAAUGAGGAUACGUAUAAGGAGAUGCUGAGGAUUAAGAGGAGUGUGCAGGCCCAGUAUAACACCGACGUAAACUUCAUCGCCUCGCAGGCCGUCGCCCGCGGCCAACAUCCUGCCAAUACUACAGAUGACGCUGACGCUGACGCCGACUCACCCCCCGUUGACGACACCGCAAUGGCCGCCCUCGAACGCCAGGCCAGAGCACCCGUUGGUUUCGUCGCUGCUAGCUCGGGUCCUCUCGGCGGGAAUGCAGCGCCUGUUGAACCGGCGGCGGCGAAUCCGGAUGCGAUUUCUCUGGACGACGAGGAUGGGGAUCUUUAA